UGAGUGAUCAUGUGACUGCGCUUCCUUGUUUUGCGGUGGCUCGCUGGUCGGUUCGUGUAGAAUAGAGACGGGGCGCAUAAGAAGGCUGCAUAAGUUACUCUUCUGAUCCAAAAGUCAAAGCUUUAUCAUGGCCGAGCUGAGCUUCGUGAUUCCCAUGGCCGUGAUGACGAUAUUCUGGGGAAUAGUCGGUGGUGUCGUGCCCUGGUUUAUUCCCAAGGGCCCGAACAGUGGAGUUAUUGUCACUAUGCUUGUGCUGACGGCCGUGUGCUGCUAUUUGUUCUGGCUCAUUGCCAUCCUGUCUCAGCUCAAUCCGUUGUUUGGCCCGGCACUGAAGACUGAUGUCAUCUGGUACCUGCAGUAUCACUGGCCCUAGAAGCACUGCCCCGCCCCUGAGACCCAUGGGGUUGUGACCAUGCCAGACCAGACAGUUCCUCCACAGAGAGGAAGGCGGCCCCUGAAGACGUGUGUGUGUGUGUGUGUGUGUGUGUGUGUGUGUGUGUGUGUGUGUGCGUUGCCGUGAAUGCAUUCCAGUUUCUCACCUUAACAACACUGGUGAACCUUCUAAGUGGUGUGUGUGUUUACUGAGUGUGUAAACAUCUGUUUAUGAGUAUGAUAAGUUAUGCUACCGUCUUUUAAAUUAAACAUGUUUGAAUGAACACAGA